CCCACUGCCACAGGGAACUAAGCAUGCCACAUCCAUCCAGCGGCGCAAUCAGAUAUCGUUCAGUUACUGCUUCUCUUAGCGGCGGGUAGGCCUACAUCCUAUUUGAUAUGGAGCAUUGUGGCCUUAAUUAAAUGGGGAAAUUUACGAGCAAUAUCAUUUCUUAUGACUCAUUUUUGUAGAUAUGACACUCCAUUAGUGGUGUGCACCGCCAGCCGUCAAAUAUACGUUAUUUUCUCCAAAUAGGACAAAGGACGCGCACGCUACAAUAAUGGCCACGUACAGCUGUGCUGAUACUGUUUCAAAUCUGCCCGUUCAUUUUCGAAAUCACACUGUUGGAUUGAUGUUAAUGGUUGCCGGUGUCGUUCCUCAAUUCGGAAUGUAAGGACUGACCACGACUUUUGUGGACUACAGCAAAAGUAAUAUCACAGAAAGAUUGGAAUAGUCAGCGGGUGGAAUCUUUCAUAAGGCCUGUUAGUGACACUGGCUGGGCUUGGCCACUCCUCCCCAGUCUCUCCCCCUCCUUCACCCUCCCCUUCUACUCAUUCUCUCCUGCUGCUGCCACCACCAUGCCCUCUGUCCCCUGCUGCACCACCUAUCCUGUGGAAAGUGCCUGUCCGCCCCGGUAGGAUGCCCGAGUCGCCCUGCUGUGCCCUGCGCCCCCUCCUGCCCGCCUCCACCACUACCAACGCCGUUUCCUCCUCCUCCGCUGUGACCUCUCCUCUCGCCGCCGCCCCGCCCCCCGAUGGCAUCGUCCCCGCGCUCCGCCAUGGAUGAGGAUGAGGUGAGCGAAGUGAUCAGCACCAACGCGCUGGCCUGGCUGGUGUGCUCAGCCGUGUCCAUCCUGGCAAACGCCUGGGGCAUCCUGAGCGUCAGCGCCAAGCAGAAGAAGUGGAAGCCGCUGGAGUUCCUCAUCUGCACGCUGGCCGGCACGCACAUCCUUAACAUGGCCAUCCCCAUCACCAUGUACUGCGUCAUCACUCUGCGCCGACAGCACUCCAGCUAUCAAUGGAACGAGGGCCUGUGCAAGGUGUUCGUGUCCACCUUCUACACCCUGACGCUGGUCACCUGCUUCUCAGUCACCUCACUCUCCUACCACCGCAUGUGGAUGGUACGCUGGCCCGUCAACUACAGGUUGAGUAAUACCAAGAAGCAGGCGGUGCACACGGUGAUGGGCAUCUGGAUGGUGUCCUUCAUCCUGUCCACACUGCCCGCCGUGGGCUGGCACGACACCAUCGACCGCUUCUAUGCCCGCGACUGCCGCUUCAUCGUCACGGAGAUCGGCCUGGGCUUCGGCGUGUGCUUCCUGCUGCUGAUCGGCGGCAGCGUGGCCAUGGGCAUCAUCUGCAUCGGCAUUGCCCUCUUCCAGACCUUCGCCAUCCACGCGGGCCACAAGGCCGACAAGAACAAGUUCAACGUGCCCACCAUCGUGGUGGAGGACGCUCAGGGCAAGCGGCGCUCGUCCAUCGACGGCUCGGAAUCGCUCAAGACCUCGCUGCAGAUCACCUACCUGAUCAGCGGCAUCGUCUUUAUUUAUGACUUCCUCACCGGCUUCCCCAUCCUGGUGGUGAGCUUUACCAGUCUGAAGUAUGACCGCUCCUACAGCUGGAUGGUGCUGUGCGUGCUGUGGUGCUCCAUCGCUCAGUCCAUCCUGCUGCCCAUGUUCCUGUGGGCGUGCGACCGCUACCGCGCAGACGUGCGUAUGGUCUGGGAGAAGUGUGUGGCCAUCAUGUCCAACGACGACGUGGACGAAGAAAACAGCCAAGAUGGAGGAAUUCAUGCGGACUUAAUAUAUGACAGACCAUAUGACUAUAGCUCCGCGGCUGAUAUCAUGACGGUAGACCGUAUUGCCAAGUACGAAUUCUCAACCUUAGAAAUGGGGGUCCCACAAGGGUAUCCAUUGCAACUACAGGAAGAUAAAAUGCAGUAUUUGCAGGUACCCCCUACAAGAAGAUUCUCCCACGACGAAACCGACAUGUGGACCAGCGGCCAGAUCCCCUCCUACCUACACCACUGGGGCUCCACGGAGGACGUGAUGGGGAUGGUCCAUUACAACUCCAGCUUGCCACGCCACGAGAGGCGCAGGAGCAGCCCGGUCUCCUACCACGAGGAGAGCCACCCUCACCGCAAGCGCCGGCGCUCAGAGGAUAGCGGGCACAUGCUCAAGCAGCUGCCGCGGGUGAGCGGUGGCGAGCGCUACGAGGAGGCAGAUUUGCGCUGCUUUAGCCGCGACGAGGUCAUCAACUUUAUCGAUGAGACCCCGCUUCCCAGUCCCAUGAAGAGCCCACGCCGUACCUCCACCAUUUCCCUCAUCCCAGACGUCUACGAGCAGCACAUCAUCUUGUAUCCGCAUUUCCCGCUCACCGAUUUUGAGCGUGAGCCCCAUGCCCUGCGGCGCCUCUCGCAGCAUGGCAGGAGCUGCAGUCGGGGAGGGUCACCAGAUGGCUCACACAGGGCAGACAGGGCGUGCGGUGGGGAAAGCUCCGGGGCAUGCCGUUCAGGUUCCCUCCGUGAGCACCGGCGGGAGGAGAAGCGCCAUGGCGAACUAGUCCCCGCGGGGCAAAGCCUGCGGACUGGGGAGCACUCGUCUCACAGGCCCAGCAGGACAGGAGCCCACAGAGCUGGGCCCGACUGGGGGGGACACAAGCACCUGACUACGGGAGACAGUAAAGGGAGCACAAAUAGUUUUAUAAGCUCACCUUCUGCAUCAGCCUCGGGAUAUAUCACAUUUCACUCAGAUUCCAUAGGAUCUGCCACCUAGAUAGAGUAGAGAACGUUUUUAUUAUGAAUAUUAUUAGUAUUAUUAUUACAGAACCAUGGCAUUGGGGUGGUGGAAAGAUUUCAUACUGGUAUAUCCUAAAUAAUGGUUGAUUUUUUUCAACCACACUAAACUCCCAAAGCCAGGACUUAUACUCUGUUUUAUUGGCCUUAAAGCUUUGUACACAUUUCAUUACCUGCCUACCUUUGCUUUAGUACCUGGUAGGCUAGACAACGUAGCAACUUUGAAAGAGGCUGUGCAAUUCCUGGGAGGCAUUAAUCUCCACCACAUAGUGACUCAAACACAUUGCUUUUAGUAAACCCAUA